GGAAUAUUUUAUAAUUCAUUAUCAAUAGAUUUUAAUAAAUUAUUAAUUACAUGUGACGAUUAUAAUGUUAUAAUAAAAGUUGGUAAUAAAGAUGAUUAUAUGAAAUUUCAAGCUCAUAGUUGUAUAUUAAGGGCAAGGUCACCUUAUUUUCAUUCCGCAUUAUCAACCGGUUGGGUAAAACGUAAUGAAGAAGGAAUGAUAUUAUUUGAAAAAUCAAAUAUUGAACCAAAAAUAUUUGAAUGUACUGUAUAUUAAAAUAUAUUUAUAGUGGAAUUAUUAAAUUAGAUGAUUAUGAUUCAAUGUUCAUAAUAAAUUUAAUUAUUGCUUCAGAUGAAUUAAUAUUAACAGAAUUAU